AUCAAACUUUGAUAAUGACAUAAAAUAAGUUAAAACUUAGUUCGAAAGUUACAUUUUAAUCUUGCUGUUUGUUUUUUGAUGAAAAUUUCGUUUGAGUGAAUAUAUAAUCAUUAUCAGAGUGUAUUUUUCGUAUUAAUGAUUGAGUGCUAAGACAAACUUAAUCUUGUAUUUUUUCUACUACUGAUCAUCCAAUUUAUACAGAUGGAUAGUGAAAAGCAAAAGGAUGAGAUUGUUGCAUUGGAAAGUAUUUACAAUUCAGAAGAAUUUUCAUAUCACAAGGAGAAUGAUCAAUACCAAUGUACUUUUAUGAUAUUCAUAAAUCUUCCUAUCAAUUACCAUAUAACAUAUAAGAAUUAUAGGCAAGUGGAUGAGCCUGAGCAAAAGAUUAAAAUAUCUCAUUUACCACCAUUAAAACUUCAUGUAUUUCUACCAAAAAAUUAUCCUUCUGAGUUGCCACCGAAAUUUACUUUAUACUCAUCUUGGUUGGAUCUUCCCAUGUUAACUAAAUUAUGUAAAAAAUUAGACAAGCUGUGGAAAGAAAGUAAAGGACAAGAAAUAUUGUUUACAUGGGUGGCUUUCCUACAUGAUGAAACUCUGGAAUUUUUAAAUAUACAAGAUCAUCUUAAUAUGAGUCGUGCUUACACACGCUAUAAAGAAGCCUUGGAAAUAGUACAUAAUAUUCAUAAAAGUAAAAUAGAUAAUAUAGACAAAGAAUGUACCAUAGAAGAUACAAGGAACGCUAUGAAAAAAGGGACUAAUGUCAAAUAUUUAAAUAAGGAAAAAUUAGUGAGGAAAUGUCGUGAUAAACGUGCCGUAUUAGAUUGUCCUAUUGGGGAAAACCCCAUACAAACAUUGAUUGAUUACAGUGAGAAACGUAAUCAAUCUGAAUUUAAGAAGAACUUUUAUACUUGUAAAAUUUGUUUUGUGGACAAAUUAGGAGAGCAUUGUACACAAUUUUUACCAUGUGGUCAUGUAUUUUGUAAAGAUUGCAUGGCUAGUUACUUAGAAGUAAGAAUCAAAGAUGGAAAUGUACAAAAUAUUUAUUGUCCAGAAGAAAAAUGUACCUCUGAAGUAACACCUGCACAGAUAAAGGACUUAGUAAGCUCAGAAUUGUUUGUGAAAUAUGAUUCUAUACUAUUGAGUGCCACAUUAGACACUAUGGGAGAUAUAGUAUAUUGUCCAAGACGUAGUUGUCAAUAUCCAGUUAGUCGGGAACCGAAUGAACAAAUGGCAAAUUGCCCAAUCUGUCAAUAUGCAUUUUGCGUUUAUUGCAAAAUGGUGUAUCACGGCAUAGAACCAUGCAAAGUUUAUUCAGCUGAAAUACAUAAAGUGGUAGCUGAGUAUCAAGAAGCUCCUGAUGAUAACAAACGGCAAAUGGAGCAACGUUAUGGUAAGAAGCAACUCCAAACUCUGGUAGAAAAUGCUAUGUCUGAGAAUUGGAUUAAAAGUAACAGUCAGAAAUGUCCUAAAUGUCAAACUGCGAUUGAGAAAUCCGAUGGUUGCAACAAAAUGGUGUGUUGGCGAUGCAAUACAUAUUUUUGCUGGUUAUGCAGUACCAUUCUUAAUCGUGAUAAGCCUUACGAACAUUUUCAAGAUAUGGAUUCUAAAUGUUAUAACAUGUUAUAUCAUGGAAUGCCGAUUGAAGAUGACGACGAUGAAGAUGAUGAUAUGUAUAUUGAUUACCGGUUUUAUCCUAAUUAUGAUUCAGAUGAAGAUUAUUUUGAAGAAAUUGUAAUAUAAAAUUAAAAUAAAAUAUGAACAUGUUUAAAAGGUA